GCUGGCGAUUACUGCAGGUCAGUUUCUGUCCCUGAGUAAGGACACGGAAGGAGCUGGUGCAGUGAGAUCGCUGCAGGGAAAUGAGCCGACGCUCGCAGGCCCACAGGGACCUGCACGGUGAGGCCCUUUGCGCGUUUCUUUCGCCCCGGCUGAAGGGGAGAGGAUUUGUGUGUCCCCUGCACGCCCCGUCUCGUGACACCGGCUCUCUCGGUGUCCCCCCGCCCCGCUCCAUCCACCUGAGCCGGGAAUCUCUGGCGCCGAGGCGCCCCCUGGUGCUCCCCGCCUUGCACUGGGCGGCGCAGAGAGAGCUGCAGUCGUGCCAAGCGCACGGGGGCUGAGCGCACCUCUCCGUGCAUCGUCCCCUUCCCGGGUGGCGGGGGGAGCUCCCCGCCUUUGGGGACAGGCCCGGACGGAGGCUCUGCAUGUCCGAAGCCCUGGCUGCUGCAACCCGGAGCCGUGCACCAGAGACUACCCCUUUGCCUCCCCGUUUCCUAUCCCCACCCUCCCGCGCCGCUCCCGGGGCUGUGAUUGGCGUGAGCAGCUGGGGCUUACCCAGGACGGGGCCGCGGGGACGGAGGAAGAAGCCAGCCUGGCCUGGGAGCAGAGCCGGGGAAGGGCGAGCAGGAGGGUGGGGAGGAUCCGCAUGUGCCUGGCUGCUCGCGGGAGCCGGCAUGGAGCAUCGCUGAGCGCCUCGGGGGAGCCAUGCUGUCCAGGAAAGGGAUCAUCCCCGAGGAGUAUGUGCUGACCCGCCUCGCCGAGGAUGUCCCGGAGCACGCCCGCUACCGCGCCCGGGAGCGGCGGGCCAGGUUCGUGGGGAAGAACGGCACCUGCAACGUGGCCCACAAGAACAUCCGGGAGCAGGGCCGCUUCCUGCAGGACGUCUUCACCACCCUGGUGGACCUCAAGUGGCCGCACACGCUGAUCAUCUUCACCAUGACCUUCCUGUGCAGCUGGCUGCUCUUCGGCAUGACCUGGUGGCUGAUCGCCUUCGCCCACGGGGACCUGGACCACAGCACCCAGCUGCAGGCAGGGGGUAGCCAGACGGCUGGGGAGGAGGCCAGCGGGUUCGUGCCCUGCGUGACCAGCAUCCACUCCUUCACCUCCGCCUUCCUCUUCUCCAUCGAGGUGCAGGUGACCAUCGGCUUUGGGGGCCGCAUGGUGACUGAGGAGUGCCCGAUUGCCAUCCUGGUGCUGAUCGUGCAGAACAUCGUGGGGCUGGUGAUCAACGCCAUCAUGCUGGGCUGCAUCUUCAUGAAGACGGCUCAGGCGCACCGCCGGGCCGAGACCCUCAUCUUCAGCAAGCACGCAGUGAUCGCCCUGCGGGAGGGCAGGCUCUGCUUCAUGCUACGGGUGGGCGACCUGCGCAAGAGCAUGAUCAUCAGCGCCACCAUCCGCAUGCAGGUGGUGAAGAAGACCACCAGCCUGGAGGGCGAGGUGGUGCCCCUCAACCAGAUAGACAUCCAGAUGGAGAACCCAGUGGGGGGCAGCAACAUCUUCCUGGUCUCCCCGCUCCUCAUCUACCAUGUGAUAGACAAGAACAGCCCCCUUUACGACAUCUCCCCCCUACACCUCAACCACCACGAGGACCUAGAAGUCAUUGUCAUCUUGGAAGGGGUGGUGGAAACCACUGGUAUCACCACCCAAGCCAGGACCUCCUACCUGGCCGACGAAAUCCUCUGGGGCCAAAGGUUUGUGCCCAUCGUGGCCGAGGAAGAUGGUAGGUACUCAGUGGACUACUCUAAGUUUGGUAAAACGGUGAAAGUGCCCACCCCUUCUUGCACUGCCAGGCAGCUGGAGGAAGACAGGAGCAUCAUAGACUCCAUCCCAUUGUCACCUAAAAGCACCAGUAGGAAGAGGUCUUUCAGGUUGAAGCCCAAAUUUACCAUAACUGAUGAGCCUUCCUGACACCGUUUUAGAGGAAAGAUGCAAUAAACAAGAACACUGAGAUAGCCUCUUAUUUUUCUUAGCCAGGUUGGUAGCACAAGGUGUGUGUAGUAUUAUUUAUUGCAGGAUAAAUUAAAGUUAAUUUUAUUUUUUUAAAGACGUGCAACAUUUUUAAGCAACAUUGGAUGUGGAAACAUUUUGUUUUGUUGCUUGUAAUUUCAGUUCUGACUGUCUUGUUUAUUUGCAUGAUCAUUUUGGAUGAUUCAUCCACACUGAAUAAUGCCUUUUCUUGAAAAAUAAGUUUAUCUGUAGCCUAGCAGGUUGCAUUAUUUAUGGUCUUGCAAUGCCUCUCAGAAAGUUAAUGUUUUUAAACUGGUUUUGUAAACAAUCACAAUACAAGAAAAAACUCUUCAAUUAUAAUUAUUAAAGUUACAUGGAGUUUAAAUAAUAACAGAAAGACCAUGCAGUAAGAUUUGCACCCCAAAAAAGUCCAGAUAUGAAGAUAUCUGUUUAGGUUAUGGUGCUUUAUGUCUUAAAGAAAUAAACUUAUAGAUUUAUUUAGUCCAUAUUGUAUGUUUGGAUCUGUUGAUUGCAAAAGCAAUAUGAAAUGCAUGCUUUUGUGCAUUUUAAAACCCUUUUACAAAAUAAACAUUUAAUAUAUUUAAUAUACAUUUCUGAUAGUGAAUGAUGCAACAAUGGCUCUAAAAAUAUUUUGUCUUUACAAAGAACAGCAGAUAUUAAUUGGUAUGAUGUGAAUGAAAUGUGUUGUACAUAGGAAAAAAUUUAAUAUAUUAAGUGGCUGUAUUUAAGAAAACAAACAAAAACCCUGACACAAUGAAGUAGGACACAUAUGAAAAUUCAUCUCCCAAUCCUACACAUCAGAGUAAAUGCCAUCAAAUAAGGAGGAAAUUAAAUAAGAUCAGAGAUCUUAUAUAGAAAGUCAUCUUAAAAGAUGCAGAAGAGCAGACCCAAAUUACAUUGAACAGUAUUUGAAUGCAAUCAGCAACAACUUUUAAUUUUUUUUCAGGUUUAAAAAUGAUGUUAGUGUGAUUUGUGGUCAUGAAAAGGAAGGACGUAUAGGACAAUGCAAUCCACUUCCUGGGUGCCAUGUCACCUUUGUUUCCUUUUCACUUAGGGUCUGAGCCUAAAUUCCCCUCAUACCUUAAAUUCUCCCUGCCUAUAUUGGUUUUGUGUGUGCUGUUAAUACAGGAUCAGGCACUUAAUGGAAAACAAACUAUCCAUAUUCAUACAACGAAUUCACUCAGUUUACAAAUAGAAGAGAGAAAACUGGAUAGCCAGUCCAUAUUAGCCUGAUCCUGUAAAUUCUCUACAUGAGGAACCCUCCAUUAAUAACAAUAGCAUUCCCUGUGUGGAAGACUUGCAGUAUAGGACCCUGAUAAUGCAAUUUACAAUAUAUUGUUUACAAAUACUUCAAACUGUCAUUGAAGUGAAAGGGAAUUUGGUCUAAGCCUGAGCAGGGACUGGGCCCACAUUAGUGACAGAAGUUGUGUGGUGGUGAUAUUUCAUAAGAAGCUGUGAGAACUUACAUUACUAACGGUUUUUUAUUCAAAGGAGUUUCAGUGUGACAACUUUUUGUCUCUUAUGCACUAGAUAACUCCGAAAACAAUUUGUGUUAGCGUUGCUCUGGUCAAUUUUUUUAGACUUCUCUGUAUCAUAACACAUUCAUGCAAGCUAAGGUCAAAAGGGAAAAGGAAAGUUGCGUAUUCACUAAAUAAGAAUCUAUGGUAAAAUGAAAUGCAAUUCCAGAAAUAAAAUCUCAGUCCAUUUUAAAAUAUUAGAAAUACUAUUUAUUUUAAUGUAUUUAAUGUAUUUAACUAUCUUAAUAGUUGCAUAUUUUAGCAAUAUUAAGGCUUGCACUGACACUAUCCAGGCUGCCAGCUAAAUGAAUGCUUAGGAGCAUGUAAAUAUGUGUCUAAUUUUCCAAAGGGUUAACACACUUCUUAUUAUUUGUACAGUGCUAAAAGUAUAGUAGGUGUUUCACAAUGAGAAGACAAGGUCCCUGUCCAGAACAGCUUAUGAUCAAAAUAGGACUAAUGUAUAGCAGUAUGCAAGGAAAAUUUGAACAUAUACAUUUUAUAUUUUGGUAAAACAAAAACAAAUGCAACAUUUAAAAAAAAAUAGGAAAAGCCUAAAAAAUGUUUUUGGUGGUUGUUACUUUUUUUAAAUUCAAUUUAAUUGCAAUGUUAUUUGCCUACCCUUUGUUUUACUGACUCUGUGCCAUUCUGCUCCUGAAAGGUAGUUCUGCAUGUUUCUCCUAGGUGCAGGUGGAAAGCGUAUGCCCCUUUGAAAAUAUACUCUUCUGUUUACCACUUGUCACUAUUCUACCAUCCUGUCAUUAUAAAAUGCAUAGAUAAAUAUCAGUGGGGGAAUUUCAAAUGACCUGAAAAGUCAUUGUCUUUUCUCUAUUGUGCCUUAUAUCAGUGAAUAAGAGAUACUUGUAGAUGUUUAUUGGAAAUUAUUUGGAAGCUGUCAUUACACUAAAGCAUUUUUUAGGAUUUGGCCUACAUGAGAAGCAAUUUAAGCAACACUGCCAUGCAAGUGCCCAUGAUUCUUCUUCCCUUAAGGGAAUCUCUAUUACUCAAGCUACACGGAUUCUCUUUGUUUUCUCUGAGAUGAGGAGGGCGAAGCUGGGAGGAGGAGCUUGCUGUUACUGAACUGUUUUCAGGACCAUCUUUUGUGUAUCUUUGCAAGAAACCUCCUAGUUUUCUCCAGUGCUGGAGUAACAGAUGCCAAAGAAAGGAAUCUCAAGGAAGAGAAUGAAAAAGAAAGGAAUCACAAAAUAAUGGUUUCUGUGGCUUUAACCAAGAUUUUCGUGAAUUUAACCAAGACUUCCAUAAAUCUGUUUUCAGUCUUUUAUUUUUCUCAGUUUAAAUUCUCCUCCUCUUUAGAGGUAUUAAACACAUAAAAAAGAAAUUUCAGAGUCAAAAGUCGUGGGGGAAAAAAGUUAAAUGU